UUGAGAGUACUCACUUUCUGUAGCUAAUAAUACAAGCUAGCCGGGUAAUCAUCUGUUCAACGCAGUUGGGCUUAUUUUAACGUCCGUCCCAGUAUUUGUUGUUUUCUUUUAUCGUGUUUCAUGCACAGCUGACUGUAUGAGGCGUCGUCAGUGAAAACCAGGAGACAUAUAACCGUUGAAAAGAAUUAAACGCGCAGUGUUUGGCCACUGUUGCCUUUCCCCAGGAUGCUAGCACAUAAGCUAGCUAGCUAGCCCGCAAACCUGCUAAAGCAUCUGCCCAGAUGAUUUGAACAGCACCGCGGCAGAUUUUUGGUGGAGUAUUUUUAAUUUUUGUUUGUUUAGUUUCUUUUGACGGCUUUACAGUAUGUCUGGCAGCCGACCACAACAGAGCGGUGGUGGAGUAAGUUCAGUGCCUGGUACCAGCAGCAGUAGUAGCAACAACAACAGCAGCAGCGAUGCCGUUACGAGUAACGGGCCCGCUGCUGGGAAUCUUGUACCCUCUCGGACACUGGCUGCAACAAGCGGGGGAGGUAGCUUCGCAUCCUUAACAACAAGUAGACCAUCCGCUUCAGGCAGCAGAAAGAAGUCCCUCCACCAGGCACCUCUGUACAACGGCCUCUUGAACUCAUACGAGGAUAAAAGCAACGACUUUGUGUGUCCCAUUUGCUUCGAAAUGAUAGAAGAGGCACAUAUGACAAAGUGUGGACACAGUUUUUGUUUCAAAUGUAUCCGCCAGAGCUUGGAGGACAGCAACAGAUGUCCUAAGUGUAACUAUAUUGUUGACAACGUGGAUCAGCUGUACCCUAACUUUCUUGUAAAUGAACUGAUUCUUAAGCAGAAACAAAGGUCUGAGGAAAAAAGACUAAAAUUAGAUCAUCCUAACUGGCCACGUUGGCAGGUCUUCCAGGACAUUUUAAGCCCUGAUCAAGAAAACUUGGACCUUGCGAACGUCAAUCUGAUGUUGGAGCUUUUGGUUCAAAAGAAGAAGCAGCUAGAGGCGGAAUCCCAAGCAGCACAGAGACAGAUCCUCAUGGAGUUCCUUAAAGAAGCAAGGAGAAACAAGAGAGAGCAACUGGAUCAGCUACAGAAAGAGCUGAAUUUCCUUGAAGAAGACAUAAAACGGGUUGAGGAGAUAAGUGGACUUUACUCCCCAAUGAUGGAGGCAGAGUGCACAGUUCCCAAUGUUGAGGCUCCUUCUCCUGCACCCAGCAGUAUCAUUGAACCUCCAGAUUAUAACCAACCUCCAGGGUUUGGUGCAACAACCCAGGUGAAGCGACAGACCUGGUAUAACAGUACCCUGGCUUCAAGAAGAAAGAGGCUAACGGCUCAUUUUGAGGAUCUGGAGCAGUGCUACUUCUCCAACAAGAUGUCACGCUUCACAGAUGAGGGCAGGAACCUGAACCAGCUGGAUGAUUUCAUGGAGUGUUUAUCUAAAUUCACCCGUUACAACACUGUGCGGCCGCUGGCCACUCUCUCCUAUGCCAGUGACCUCUAUAACGGCUCCAGUAUCGUCUCUAGUAUUGAGUUUGACCGUGACUGUGAUUAUUUUGCCAUCGCUGGUGUGACCAAGAAGAUCAAGGUUUUUGAGUAUGGAACUGUGAUCCAAGAUGCAGUGGACAUUCACUACCCCGUCAAUGAAAUGACCUGCAAUUCCAAAAUCAGCUGUAUCAGCUGGAGCAGUUAUCACAAAAACCUUCUGGCCAGCAGCGACUAUGAGGGAACCGUCAUUUUGUGGGAUGGAUUCACCGGCCAGCGGUCCAAAGUCUACCAGGAACAUGAAAAAAGGUGUUGGAGUGUGGACUUUAAUCUGAUGGACCCAAAGCUCUUAGCCUCUGGUUCUGAUGAUGCUAAAGUAAAGUUGUGGUCAACCAAUCUGGACAACUCCGUGGCUAGCAUCGAAGCUAAAGCUAACGUGUGCUGUGUUAAGUUCAGUCCAACCUCCAGGUAUCACCUGGCCUUUGGCUGUGCAGAUCACUGUGUGCAUUACUAUGAUCUACGCAACACUAAGCAGCCAAUCAUGGUGUUUAAAGGCCACAGGAAAGCAGUGUCCUAUGCCAAGUUUGUAAAUGGAGAGGAGAUAGUUUCUGCGUCGACAGACAGCCAGCUAAAGCUGUGGAACGUUAACAAACCUCACUGCCUGCGCUCCUUCAAGGGUCACAUUAAUGAGAAGAACUUUGUUGGCCUGGCGUCCAAUGGAGACUAUGUUGCCUGUGGCAGCGAAAACAACUCUCUGUAUUUGUACUACAAAGGACUUUCCAAGACACUGUUAACAUUCAAGUUUGACACAGUUAAGAGUGUCCUGGACAAAGACAAGAAGGAAGAUGACACCAAUGAGUUUGUCAGCGCCGUCUGCUGGAGGGCCCUGUCUGAUGGAGAGUCAAAUGUUCUCAUAGCUGCAAACAGUCAAGGAACAAUCAAGGUACUUGAGCUCGUUUGAGAAUCUGCUCGCCUCAAGCAGUCUGUGGAACUGCCGUCAGCUUUCCAGUGUCAUGAAAGGACAAGAUGGACGUAGGGAGAUCUCAGACUGCCUGCUAAGCACCAAGGGAGCUAAAAUACUUCAAUGAACUGCUCUUAUUUUUAUUUUGGGUUUGUUCCUUUUUUUGUUGUUUCUUUUCACGGGCAGCAGGACAAACUUGGGACCAGUGCGUCAGUAAAAACAGGAGAUGCCAUUUUUCUGCAACACAACAAAAACUUAACUUGAGGCAAAAAGCCAAAGGAGACUUUGAAGAGAGUUGUUUUUGUUUUGUUUUUCAACACUAUAUUGGCUUCAGUAAAACGGUUCAUUUAUUGUUUUAGGUCAAAUAAUUUUUUUUUUUUUUUAUACCAAGUAUUGUUUUACAGUCGUUUUCUUUUUUUUUUUUAAAGGCCAAAGCACAAGACCGGAUGACAUGCAGAAAUGUCCUUAUAUAAAGCUUUUAUUACCCAUCAUUCUUUAACCUUCCUUUUCAACCAUUUGUUUGGUUUUUGUUUGCCAAAUUUGGAAAAAGCAGUUUCAAUAAAUAAAACUUGAAUUUCAUCCACGUCUAUCGAAAAUCACAGCCAGCUUAGUCUGAUUUUAAGGCUGUGGAACUGGAAUAUUUAUGUUUUGGCUCUAUUGCUUGAUGGGGGGAAAAAAAAUAAAAAACCUUGCAUUUUUGGUUUUAGUUCUUUUGAAGUAGCAAUGGAAACUUUCUUCACGUACUGUAGGCUUAAAACGUAUCACCUGAGCUGUGCGGCACUGUAACUUGAGAACAGCUGUCAAUUUUUGUGGUGUGGAGAUCCAUUAGAACAGGUAGAGGGGAUUAAAGAGGCACCACCAAGACCUGCCUAUUUUAUGACUGAGUGAGAGAGGUGUUUUUGUAUUUGUAUAACUGAAUAAAUUAUUUCAGAACA